AUGCACGAGGAGAAGCAGCACACGGCGCCGAGUGUUGUCGUGGGCGCGCGAUGUUACAUUCCCGACGAAGAGGCCGCGUGGCUCCCUGUCUACGUCGAGCAAGUGGACGAAGUCAAGGGCCUCGUGACCGUGAGGAUGCAACGGCCUCGAGACAGAUUGGAUUGCGCGAGCGGCCUCUUUGUCGAUCAUGACGACGAGGACCGGACAGGUGAAAGUCGCGUCGUGGCCAUGGACGGGGGCUUCCCCUUGCAAAACACAAAGCUCUCCAGCUAUGCAGAGGGGCUGGACAACUUGAUCGACCUCAAUCAUCUCCAUGAAGCUGCGAUCCUUCGGAACCUGAAGAAACGCUUUCGAGCGCGGAUGCCAUAUACGUAUACGGGCGAUAUCUGCCUCGCGGUGAACCCGUACCAGUGGCUGGACGAGCUGUAUGAACCUGGACUGCAUGAGAAGUACAUGCGCGCUCAGAAGCGACAGGAUGUCCCACCUCAUGCGUAUGCAGUGUCUGUCGCAGCUUUCCGGCACAUGUGUGACCACGGUACAAACCAGAGCAUCCUUGUGAGUGGCGAGUCGGGCGCUGGGAAAACCGAGACAACGAAGAUCUUGAUGGACAAUCUGGCCACCAUUGCGCCAGCGUCGAGCAGUGCUGCAGCUGGUCAAGAGACCAACAUUACGACGCGCAUCAUUGAGGUGAAUCCGCUACUGGAGAGCUUUGGCAAUGCAAAGACCACUCGCAAUGACAACUCGAGUCGCUUUGGCAAGUUCACGCAGCUCCAGUUUGACAAGAGCCACGCUCUGUGUGGUGCUCAGUGUAUAACUUACUUGCUGGAAAAGACGCGGGUUAUUUCGCAUGAGCGAGGCGAGCGCAACUACCACAUUUUCUACCAGCUCUUGCACGGUACGACGCCUGAGGAGCGGGACGAACUGGGGCUGGGUGACGAGUGCCCAAAGUUUUCGUACUUGGAAGAAAAAGCACCUCAAGAAGAGUCACGACCUGGACGAAAAGCAAAGCCGAGCCCAUUGACACCGUCUGAAGCGCCAGGUGCGCAAGCAGCCGAGGCGAAAGACAAAGCUCUGUUUGCAAAGACCCGAAAGGCGCUAACGCUGCUAGGCCUUGGACCUGAUCAACAAGACGAUUUGUUUCAGGUUCUCUCUGGUAUUUUGUACUUGGGCGAGACUCAAUUUGUCGAGAAACCCGACAACGACGAAGCUUGUGACUUGGAAAGGGACUCGAUCGUUUGCUCGUGCUCGUUGCUUGGUUUGCACCCGGACGCUAUGGCGAAAGCACUGACGCAUCGCACUAUCAAGACUGCAGGAGAGAUCUAUAUGGUUCCACUAACAGUCGAGCAAGCUCAGUCGGGACGUGAUGCACUUGCAAAAGCUAUAUAUGCCUGUAUAUUCGACUGGCUAGUCGCUGGCAUCAAUGCUAGUCUUGGUGCUGCCGCACGGCUGACUGCAAACACGAUUGGCGUGCUGGACAUCUUUGGGUUCGAGAGCUUUGAGUACAACUCGUUCGAGCAGCUGUGCAUCAACUACGCUAACGAGAAGUUGCAGCAGAAGUUCACGCAAGACGUUUUCAAGGCCGUGCAGGAAGAAUACGAGCUCGAAAAGAUUACGUGGGCGCACAUUUCGUACGCUGACAAUAGCGAGACUCUGUCGCUUAUCGAAGGCCGCAUGGGCGUCUUGGCAUUGCUGAACGAAGAGAUUGUGCGACCUCGCGGCAACGAGGAAGGCUUUGUCAGCAAGCUCGCUGGCGCUUAUCCCAAGCAGAAGCAGCUCAUUGAGUUCCCUCGGAUCUCGAAGACUCAGUUUGCCAUUCACCAUUAUGCUGGGACGGUCAAGUACGACGCCACGGGGUUCUUGGAGAAGCACAAAGACGCUUUGCUCUCGGACUUGUCGGAUUUGAUGUGUGGUAGCCACAAGCCGUUUCCUCAGAUGCUGUUCAAAGUGAAGGCAGAGAUGGAAUCUGCUGCUGCCGCUGCUGCCGUUAGUGCGAAGCUUUCGUCUUCCGGUGGCCGGAAACUCGGCGGCUCUCGUCGAGGAACUAGUGGAGCUAGCGCGGACAAGACAGUGGGUAUGCAGUUCAAGCAGUCGCUGAACUCGCUCAUGGAGAACAUCAAAGAGACAAAUGCCAAUUACAUUCGGUGCAUCAAGCCCAAUAGUGUCAAGAGCGCGACACUGCUGGAAGACAAGAUGGUGGCGAACCAAUUGCGCUGUGCCGGUGUGAUUGAAGCGAUUUGCAUCGCUCGUGCUGGCUACCCCAACCGAUUGCUGCACGCGGAGUUUGUCGAGCGAUUCGACCUGUUCCUGAACGAGCAAGAGCAGCGGCAGAUGCAGGAAGAAGCUGAGCAGUGGAGUGCACCGUUUUGCCACGUCCUGGUGCAGCAGUUCAAGCUCGAGACGCCGGAAGAGUACCAAAUGGGCGUGACCAAGAUAUACCUGCAAAAAGGGGUGCUCGAGAAGCUCGAGCAUGCAAAAGCACAGAAACUAUCAGUGUACGUUGCACAGAUUCAGGCCCAAUGGCGUGGCCUGCGUGCCCGACGCGCGUACGUGGCACUGCGAGGUGCGUUGAUUGUGAUCCAGCGACGGGUGAAAGUCUUUGUCGACAGGUGCCGCUUCCUUCGAGCUCAGCGUGCGAUUGCAGUGAUCCAGCGAGUGUGGCGCGGCCACGUUGGUCGGUGUGAGUUUCGUGCCGUCCAACGCCAGCACUGCGCGGUUCAGAUCCAGCGACUAUGGCGAGGCCAUCAGGGACGCAAGAAGUACCGUUCUCGCUUGCACCACGUCCGUGCCGCGCAGAUUCAGCGCAUGUGGCGUGGACACAAAGGCCGACGUAUCUACUUUGCCGUGCUACGUCAGACGCGCGUGGUGCCGAUCCAGUGCUUUGCUCGCCAGUAUUUGGCUCGACAGGAGCUCUCGAGACGUCGAGCUGCGUACAUGCUUACAUUGGAAGAGGAGGCACGAAGACGCGCGGAAGAGGAGGCACGAAGACGCGCGGAAGAGGAGGCACGAAGACGCGUGGAAGAAGAGCUGGAGAGGCAGCGCAAACUGCAGCAAGAGCUUGCUCGACUGGAAGAAGAGCGUCGGGUGGAAGACGAGCGGAAGCUGCAAGUGCUUUGUGAAGCGAGCGCCGUCGUGAUCCAGCGACACGUUCGUGGCUACUUUGCUCGAUGUUUGUUUGCUGACUUGCGCGAAGCAGCCGAGGAAGAAGAGCGCUGUCGUCGGGAAGAAGAGGAAGCGCGAGAACGAGUUCGGUUGCAGCUCGAGGCACAACGUCGCGCAGAAGAUGCGGCACGUGAAAAGGAGAGACUGGCCGAUGAACGCAAGCGGAAGGCGAUUGCAAUGCGCCAACGGCGUGAGAACGCCGUCAAGUGCAUGCAACGGACGGUCCGUGGCCAUUUGGCCAGGGUGGAGUUUGCUGCGAUCAAGAACGCGGCUCGUGCGAAGGCCGAAGAAGAGGCUCGCAGGAUAGAGGAAGAGGCGAGGAGGAUGGAGGAAGAGACUCGUCGAUUAGAGGAAGAGACCAGGAUAAUGGAGGAAGAGGCGCGCAGAUUGGCACAAGAGGCCAGGAGGAACGAGGAAGCAGCAGCGACGCGUCUGCAGAGCAUCCAGCGUGGCCGUUUAGCUCGUCAGCAGUUUUCGACGUUCAAGAUUGAAAAAGCCGAGCAGGACGAGGAAGCUGCACGUGUGCGUGAGGAGCAGGAGCGAGCGCUUGCUCGUGCUUUGCAGGAGGAGACGAUCGCUCGUGCUCGCGAAGAAGAGAUGGCUCGGGCUGCAAGCGAGCGAGACGACGAGAUUGCUCGUGUCCGUGAAGAGAACACGAAGCUGAAGCAGCAGCUAGCAGAACUCGAGAAGGCCAAUCAAGACUUGAAAGCAGCCGUGGCCGAGUAUCAAUGUGACCGCGAGGUCGUCAAGGCAUCCAACAACUUGAAGGAGGUCGAGCUGACGCAGAAGCUGAACGUCCAGCGCCAGGAUCUGGAACACGCACGCAGCGCGUACUCGACGCUCCACGAUUUUGCAGGGAAGAUGGGGAGUUCACGCUGCUUGACGGAACCGGAAGAGCUCAAUUCGUCCGACAGUUCAUCAACGUCAGGAGACGAUGAAGUGGAGCACUGGAAAGAAGACCGACCAACGAUUGAUUCGACGUCUGCUUCCUACUUUGACAGCGAUCGGCCGUCGACGGACAUUGCCAAGCUGCUCGGCAGCAGCUCAUCGCGUGCCUCGCGCCUCGCCAGUGUUAUCCAGCAGCGUCGUCAAAAGACGGUUCAGGUGGUGCAACAGCGUCAACAACAGGCAAGUUCUGCACUGCAGCAUCGGAAAGAGAUGCUUGCGCAACGAAAGGAGGCGCAGCGCAAGGCGCAGACAAUGCCAAUCACCUCGACGACUGCGACAAAGGCGAAAAAGUGGGCAAGUUUGUCGCGCGGCAAGACAAAAAAGGACAAUGGACCCAUUGAGCUGUCUGACCUGCUCGAGUGA